AUGAAUAGUAGCUACUUUUUGGGGGGACAAAAACUAUCCAGGUUGAAAUGCAGAGUAUGGUGCUCUCAGCUGCAGCUCUCUACUAAUUCAGUUGAUAAUGAGAAAGAGAAGGACAAAUAUUCUUGUUUUGAUCUGUCAACAUCAUAUCUACAUGUACAGUCUCUUAGGGACUUUCCGACUGAAAAACUUUCUGGAGAGGUAGUUGUGGUGCGUCUUGAUUCUUCACUUAUCCUGGGGCACUUAGGACCAUGCACUUCCUCACUUGAAAGGGCUUUGCUAACUAUCAAAUACUUGUGCAAAGCAAGAGCCAAAGUGGUUAUAGCCACCGAGUACUUGUCAUCACUUCUUCAAGUAGAAGUCAUCCCGGUAGAUGGUGAGCCUGGUUUAACAUCAUUUAAGCAAGAAGAGUGGGCUCAGAACAGUAUUAUUUUGUUUGAAAAUCUUGUGAACUUCAGAGGAGAAGUUGCUAAUUGCAAAGAUUUUUCUCAGAAGCUAGCUUCAGGUGCCACGAUAUUUGUCAAUGAUUCUUUCUCACUGUCUCAUAAGAUUCUUGCAUCAACUGUUGGUAUCACGUGCUUCUGCUAUGUGUCUCUUGCUGGUUUCCAUUUUGAGGAGGAGCUUAUGCAAUUGAUAAAGAUCACGGACACCACGAGGCGCCCAUAUAUUGCCAUUAUUGGAGGCAGUAACUUCUUGAGAAAAGCACCCGCUCUUCAGAUGUUAACCUCUCUAUGUGAUGGGUUGUUCUUUGUUGGAAAAUUAUCAUUUCAAAUAAUGAUUGGCCUUGGAAUGACAGUGCCCUCUCAAUUCAUUGAAAGAAAUGCAGUUAAGGAAGCACUACAGAUUAUUCAAGUUGCUAGGGAUAGGAAUAUUCCUAUUUAUUAUCCAACAGAUCUCUGGUGCUUGAAAAAUGAUGGCAGUGAAACAUUGGGAGUAAUCAGCUCUACUGGACAAUUGGCUGGCUGGACACCAGUUGAUAUAGGACCAUCAACAUUGGAGAAAAAUUCUUCUAUAAUUCCAUCAUAUGAGAAGAUACUAUGGAUUGGCCCUACAAACUACAAUUUAACAGAAACAUUUUCAGUUGGUGGAACACAGUUGGGUGAAAUACUGGAAAAGGCAAGCUCCGAUAGCUGUGAUAUUGUUUUAGUGGGGACUGCAGCAUGCAAGGCAAUAAAAAGAAAAACAGAUUCCUCAUCUCAAUAUACAGAAUUUCAAGGUGCCGCUGUUGUUUGGGAAUUCCUCAAAGGAAGGAUAUUGCCUGGUAUAGCAGCAUUGGAUAAAUGCUACCCCUACCGGAUUCCAUGGAGCACUGUCUUCUGUGAACCUACACUACCUUUAGUGGUUGAUAUUGGAAGUGGAAAUGGUUUGUUUCUUUUCCAAAUGGCUAAAAGCUGUGAAAGUUCAAAUUUUCUUGGGCUUGAGAUGAAUGAAAAGUGCCCAAAUCCUGACUUCAACAAAGAGCAAAAUAGGUGGAGAAUGGUGCGAAGAAUGCUCGUUGAAGCUGUCGUUGGCCUUCUUCAUACCAAUGGACAGGUUUAUCUGCAGUCAGACGUGGAGUCCGUUCUGCUCGUGAUGAAAGAGCAGUUCCUCUCCUACAGCAAGGGUCAGCUUGUCAUGGACGGGGAUGGUGGACACCGGAUCGAUAACCCGUUCGGCGUGGUAUCCGACUGGGAGCGCCAUGUUCUCGCUCGCGGAGCUCCAAUGUAUAGGACGAUGCUAAAGAAAAUGUGA